AUGCAUGGCUGCAUAUUCAUAGACAGGGACCCGAAGCACUUUGGACUCAUCCUCAAUUUUCUUCGAGAUGGUUUCGCAGUGCUGCCCCGUGAUGAGCAGGCUUUGCGGGAGAUCAUGGUGGAGGCAGCCCACUAUAAGUUGGAGGGACUGCGGGCUCUGGUGCAGCCCAACGGGGGAUGGAGGCCCAACUUUGCCACGCAGCUGAGGGCGGCAACAAUGCAGCAGCUUCGGGGCGACAAGCUUGCCAUGAAGGCCUCUCUGGACCUCAUCCUCUUCUGUGCCUAUGGCGAUAAGGCCAAAGCCUUGCCUGGUGCAAAUUCACGAGUGGAUGUUGCUGUCUAUGAUUAUGCGGAGCUUGUGGGUGAGAGGCUUGCGUGGACGCCUCCCAAGCCUGACCCAGAGCGAGCCAGCAACAAGGGCCAGCUACUCUAUACCCACCUAAAACAGUCUGUGCUCUUCCGUGGAGACUCAAAUAAUCGCUGGUUUGACCGCACUCACCAGCUGUCGCGCAGAAUGAUUGGCGAGGCGCCCCACCUGUUGGAUCCAGAGGAGCUGGACAGCAUUUCCUCAGAGGACGGCAAGCAGCGAGGUUUGUACCAUGUGUCCACCAGCCAAGCGCGCUCCGACCAGUCCACUGCGGACUUCAUGGACAGUGUUUUUCAGGUGCACCAGCAUGUGACAGAGCAUGCUCUGUCAGACAAAGAGAGGGAAUUGCGCAAGUCUGCUCUGUACAUCAUUGACAACCUAAACCUCGUCAGUUUGGCUCUUCGCCUGUGUGACUUCCAGGAUGUAUCUGUGGCAGUCGAGGCAAAGCAUGUCCCUGAUGUCGACCGGGAUGAGCUGAAAGCAGAGACAGAGUACCCAAUGCUUGUUCUCUAUGAUGUUCGGCUCGCCAUCUCGCUUGUGCUUUAG